UCACAUCUCUUAUAUUCACCCAAAGAAAAUAAAAAAAAUACACCAAACCCUCCAGAAAUUAAGAAGAAGAGAAAAGACACUUUUACUUUCUCCUUCUUCUCCUCACCUCAAUCUCUCUUCGGAUUCUCUUUAAGCUUAAGUACAUUUAGGGUUUAUCCGAGCUCCAAAUCCACUCGAUUUCUUGAGUUCCACAUCAAAAGCUUAGCUCUUUCCAUCUGCGUUACUAUGCUUGUUGCUGAAGCUUAGAAACAGAUCAUAGAAGAUGGAUAUUUGAUUUUUUUUUCCUUAGAGGUUUUUGUAUACUGUGGAAGAAAAAGAAGCUGCAAUGGGGUCUUUUGCUGGCUCCUGUGAAAUUGUGGAAGAGAAAGAUGAAGAAGUAAGAUUAGCAAAAGUACACUCAGGGAGACAUGGUAAACCUUCUUUGGGAGGAUCAUCAAGCAAAGACUCAGAGCGUAAGCAGCGAGAGUAUCACGGUUCUCUCGAGUACGACAUUGACAAGCUUUUUCAAUCUAUACCCGUGAAACCACCGACGAGGAGGCUACUGAGUUCUUCUUUCCAUAACAACUUUGAGACAAGCGCGAGUGCUGGUCCAAGCAGGACCACUAGCCCUUCAAAGAGAAGCGCCAUGAAGAAGCCAAUGACGCCUCAGUCUCCUAGAGUUGCUGACUCGCUUUCUUUGAAGCAGGCUCUGAGGGACCGCUGCAUUUCCAAGGCCUCGGAGAUGGCUGCUCAGAAACGGUUGUCUAAAUCAGCAGCUGCUUCUCCGAGGGUCUCUGAAGCAGAUAGGAUUAAGAGUUUGUAUAAUCAAUCCACCAGAGUUGUUCCUGUGGAUAAGGGUAAAGGCACCUUGGUUGAUGAGACAUCGGUAAACAAAGAUAUACCAAGCACUUCGAGGAGCGUGUCUCAACGGUCUGAAGAGACUUCUAGCCCUGUUUAUGAGCCAUCUCAAGGUGGAACCAGUUUUGGAGUGGGAAAUCAAAUGCUGGAGAUUAAGGUGUUGCAUAAAGCCAACAGAUCUGGGUCUUGUCUAAGUUCUGGCAGUGUAGAUUGUGAGAUAGCGUUAGAUGAAAACAUCACCUCUACUUCUGCUCAAUCGUUUGAGGAUGAUGUGCAAGAAGUAGACAAACAUGUUACCUCACUGCCUUCUGAUUCUAGCAAGAAAGACAAUGCAGAAGAGCUUGAAAAGAAGAUUCUCUCAACCACUCUGGAUUUAGAGCAGACAGUGAAGUUGGAUGGUGCAGGAACAAAGAAGAGCAAAACGGUAACAAGAAUGAUUCCACGUCCCAAGCAGCAGCCGAAGAAGAAGAUUUUGGUUAAGAAGAAGUUGAAAAUUGGGAUUGUUUCAACUAAAAAGGAUGAAGAAACAGAUUCUAGUGCAAAUAAACUCCUCUGCCAAAGAUGUCACUGUUCCUUGAAGAGCACCAGCAUCAUCAAUAACCAACCACCACCCUCGUAUACUACUAGUCAGACUCCUGAGAUUUGCUCAGACAGUUUGAGCUCUAUCUCAAAUAACGUUGGUAAAGAAGCUCAUCAAGUAGCCGAUGAGAACUCAUCUGGUUCUUGUAAUGUUAGUCAAAGCUCUGAAGCUGAGAUUAUUGUCAUUAAACAAAACGUUUCCUCUAGCAAUAAUGACAGUGGUAACAAGUUCGAGUUCUCAUUGAGUUCAAAAGACAGUCUUGGCGACUACAGCAGGAGCACAAGCAUGAGCGAAGAGAGCAAUCUUAGCAGCAGGUUCAGCUGUGGGAACAAGCCUCACAUGUCGAUGGAUGUGAGAUGGGAAGCGAUUAAGCACGUCAAGUUGCAAUGCGGCGGCUCUUUGGGGUUAAGACACUUCAACCUUUUGAAGAAACUCGGUUGCGGAGAUAUAGGAACGGUCUAUCUCGCUGAGCUGAUUGGUACGAACUGUUUGUUUGCUAUAAAGGUUAUGGACAACGAGUUCUUGGCGAGAAGGAAGAAGAGUCCAAGGGCACAAGCGGAGCGUGAAAUACUUAAAAUGUUGGACCAUCCUUUUCUUCCUACGUUGUACGCUCAGUUUACUUCGGAUAACUUGUCUUGUCUGGUCAUGGAGUAUUGUCCUGGAGGAGAUGUUCACGUGCUUAGACAGAAGCAGCUAGGUCGAUGUUUCCCUGAACCAGCAGCAAGGUUCUAUGUUGCAGAAAUCCUUCUUGCAUUGGAGUACUUACACAUGCUUGGUAUCAUAUACCGAGACCUGAAGCCGGAGAACAUUCUAGUCCGUGAAGAUGGACACAUCAUGCUCACAGAUUUCGACCUCUCACUUCGAUGUGCAGUGAACCCAACUCUUCUCACAUCAACUUCUCCUCCAGAUCCCGCAAGAAUGUCAGGUCCAUACAACACAUCAAACUGCAUACAACCGUUCUGCGUCAACGAACAGUCUUGCCAGGUCUCCUGUUUCAGUCCAAGACUCUCCUCAAACCAACAACAAGAAGGUCGAAAACCGAAACGGGCUGAUCAACUCUUGAAGAGAUCAUCGUUGCCUCAGCUCGUGGCUGAACCAACAGAAGCAAGAUCCAACUCCUUCGUGGGAACACACGAGUACUUAGCUCCUGAGAUCAUCAAAGGAGAAGGACACGGCGCCGCGGUUGACUGGUGGACUUUCGGGGUUCUUCUCUACGAGCUUCUGUACGGGAAAACGCCUUUCAAAGGCUACAACAACGACCAGACUUUGGCUAAUGUUGUCUUGGAGAACCUCAAGUUUCCUGAUAGCCCGCUUGUGAGCUUCCAGGCGAAGGAUUUGAUCAGAGGGCUUCUGGUGAAAGAACCAGAGAACCGGUUCGGGACAGAGAAAGGAUCUGCAGAGAUCAAAAGACAUCCUUUCUUUGAAGGGUUGAACUGGGCUCUUAUCCGGUGCGCAACACCUCCUGAGCUGCCGGAUUGCUACGACUUUGGACAGGGUUCACCUGGAGGCAAUGAUGAUAGGUAUCUUGAAUGUAAAGCCAUAGGGGACCAUCUUGAGUUCGAGUUGUUUUAAGUUAAAAGGUUCUUAAGCUAAGACUGGUAAAAGUAUUCAGAGUAAACGUUGUUGUAAUCUAUAUCAUGUCUUAUAUGUAAAGUGUAGCCUCUUCUGAGAUAUAAUCUCAUCUUGCAAUCACUAAAGAGUAAAGAAGAAGGUCAAAAAGACAUCUUUGAUCA